AUGAACGCUAGCUCCCCGCCUUCUCCUCGCGACGGUUUCUCACCCGUCGCACUUCCCAACCCAGCGCGUGCAGCCACUCCCGACCUUCACCGAGCGGGACCCUCGUCGCAGCCGUUCGGCGCCCGCCCAGCAUCGCCCUCACCCCUCGCCUUGCCGCGCCUCGUCCCACGGCAACCGCCACCCGAGAUUAUUAUUGGUAACCACCGCAUCAUCUACCGCGAUGCCGACAUGACCAUCUACCCCGCUGAAGGGAAGGAGGCGCUGUGUGCAGACGGACGCCAUCUGAUCGUUGUCCUCAACUGCCACCUAACAAGCGUGUAUGAUCUUGGUCCGGCAGACGUUCCCCUGCUCUCCAAGAUCAUCUCCACGACACAGCGCCUGCUGCUCGAUCGCGCUGCGCCUACCGCAUCGGCUUCUGAAUUGGAGCGCGGAUUCACGGCCAAGGACGUCCGCAUCGGCUUCGUACACGGCAUGCCUGCCGAUCCUGCCAUGCCCUAUCCCCACCUCCACGCCCAGGCCUUCCUGGGUUCCUUCGAUCGCAAACUUCCUGGGAGCACAUUGUGGCGCCGAACCGUCGUCUUCAACCCCUUCAAUUGGUGGAGUGUCGAGGAUCUACGCGCAGAGAUCCGAGAGGAAUCUUCCAACUGCCGUGUCAAGUCUGGGUACGAGGAUCGGUUUGACUCUCCCAUCGACAAGGUCCCGGAGGCGGGCUCGAUUGAGGGCCUCCCGAACGCGCUCGACCCCGAUGCUUUUGCCGACUCCGACUCGGUCGUGUCCAACUCGCCAACUCGGGCAUCUAGUAGUGGCUCGGCUGCGACCCUCAAGCCCCCUGUCAGUCGGCCAUCUAUCAAGAUCAAGGGCAACACGUCGAGCGGCGACUACGCAGCCGUCAGAACCAACUCGAACCACGGCACGGGCCGGGUCCUUGUCGGCCGCCAAAGCAGCACGAGCACGACAGGUUCGAACCGAAACAGUACCAGUACGAUCGGCUCAACCCGGUAG